GCACGCACGACACGAAUGACGAACCCAAUGCUAUUCUAGCCCGCCCCAAAGCCGGGUUGGCGCUGCCGCAGCCCGCACCAAGCUCGGCUCUCCAUCUCAUGCGCGCGCGCUGCCGCCUGCCGCCUGCUCCCGCGAGGAGAGCCUCCUCCUCCUCCACCAGCCCGCGGCGGGUGCCAUGGACCUGCUCGGCGUCUUCUUCCAUGGCGCGACGCUCGCGUUCGAGCGGGACGACCUCGGGAGGGAGAUCAUGGGGAUCGCCGUGCCGGGCGCGCUCGCGCUCAUGGCCGACCCGCUCGCGUCGCUCGUCGACACCGCCUUCAUCGGCCGCAUAGGUCCAGUAGAGAUUGCAGCUGUGGGUGUAUCUAUUGUCGUGUUUAAUCAGGUAACAAGAAUUGCAGUGUUCCCCCUUGUGAGUGUCACAACAUCAUUUGUUGCAGAGGAAGAUGCUACUUCCAGUGACAGAAACAAAGAUGAAAUAAGUGGCGAGAAUGAACACAAUGUUAGCGAAAUGGAUGAACUGAUUACUCAUGAAGAGAAUAAUGCCACAUCCAGCAAAUCGUCUUUCGAAACUGACUCAAGUGAGAUCAAUACUGAGCAUAAGCGGAAAAAAAUUCCAUCAGUUUCUACAGCAUUACUACUUGGUGGGGUGCUUGGUCUUGUUGAAACUCUGCUUCUUGUUUCCUGUGCAAAACCUAUCUUAGACUUCAUGGGUGUGAAAGCGGACACUGGAAUGUUGAAUCCUGCAUUACAGUACUUGGUACUCAGAUCUUUAGGUGCUCCUGCUGUUCUUUUAUCUCUGGCAAUGCAAGGGGUAUUUCGUGGACUUAAAGAUACAAGGACGCCUCUAUAUGCAACUGUGGCUGGAGAUGCAAUCAAUAUAGUUUUGGAUCCAAUAUUUAUGUUUGUGUUUCAGUAUGGUGUCAGUGGUGCAGCAGUUGCUCAUGUUAUAUCACAAUAUUUCAUUGCUGCCAUACUCGUAUGUAGACUACGCCUGCAAGUUGAACUACUGCCACCCAACUUGAAACAUCUGCCGAUUGGUCGGUUCCUUAAAAACGGUUCUCUGUUACUUGCCAGAGUUAUUGCCGCAACAUGCUGUGUAACACUAUCUGCAUCAAUGGCUGCACGGCUAGGUCCAACUCAAAUGGCUGCAUUCCAGAUUUGCUUGCAGAUCUGGUUGGCAUCUUCCCUUCUCGCUGAUGGAUUGGCUUUUGCUGGACAGGCUAUACUUGCAAGUGCAUUUGCUCGUAAGGACCAUUCGAAGGCCAAGGCCACAGCUUCCCGCUUACUGCAGCUUGGAUUGAUCUUGGGGCUUCUCCUGGGCCUACUUCUAGGAGUUGGCCUCCAUACAGGUUCGAGAUUAUUUACAGAAGACCAGGGUGUACUGCAUCAUAUCUACGUGGCAAUACCGUUUGUCGCUCUCACUCAACCGAUCAACGCUUUAGCUUUUGUUUUUGACGGUGUCAAUUAUGGUGCAUCUGAUUUUGCAUAUGCUGCUUAUUCAUUGAUACUUGUGGCGAUUGUCAGCAUUGCUUUCAUUGUCACCCUCGCCAAUUACAGUGGUUUCAUUGGAAUCUGGAUAGCCUUGUCGAUCUACAUGUGCCUCCGCAUGUUUGCAGGGUUGUGGAGGAUUGGGACUGCACGAGGGCCAUGGGCUUUCCUUCACAGCUGAGCAUGCAUGCAUGCAUGUAUAUUCUCGUAGAUAGUCUGACUGACUGUAGGUAGAAUAUUUACACUUGUAAACAACUUUGGAGUAACUGUGUUACUUGUAUGCCUCAAGCCUGCCACCAUGAUCA